GUGGCCAUUGGCCAGAGCGGCGUGUGAAUGAGCUACGCGAGGAGGCCCAGCAAAAGCUCGGGGUCAAGAUUCGAGAGCUGAUCACCAACACCGGCAAGCCUUUGCAAAACCGGGCGACGCUGGCAGAAGCCGGAAUCAACAUCGGGGACUUUGUAACCGCCCUUGCUAUGGUGCCCGAAGAUCCUGCAAAGCCUCCAGAGACAGCCACUUCUUCAGCUCCAGCUGAGGCUUCGGCACCUGGACCAAAAGAACUCACCAGUCUUGAUGAACCUCCACCUUCAGAUGAUCGAAGCUGUGAGGAGGCAGCUCGACGAUCAGCCCCAGAUCCUGCCGAAUCUCCACCUACCAAGGUGGCGGAUGCUGCAGACAGCGGCAGCAGCGGGCUGAAUUUUGGUACGCCAGAGGUUGUUGAGGGAGUCUUGAUGGUGACGCCCGCAUCGGUUCUGUCGAAAUACACGCCCACACUUGAGCUCAUGGACAUGGUGAAGUUCAAGCUUCCAAAGGGAAUUGCUGUAGCAAGUCCAGUCCUCAAUCUCAAGCCAGAGGGCGUGACCUUCGAAAAGCCGGUGCGCUUGCUGGUGCCCACUCAUGUCGGCGCCAAUGCGGCCUGGAGGUCGAGGUCGGAUGGAAGCUGGGAACAAGUCCCCGCGCAGUUUCGAGAGGGAUACAUGGAGCUCUACUUGAGCCAUUUCUGCCAGGUGUUUUCCAGCCGACCAGCUUCGGACUUUUCUAUCAAAGCAGUCGCUUUCUUGAACCCAGGUUCAUCGCAAGAGGCUCCACAGAGCAAGGUGGCUUUUCUGGAAGCUGACUGCCCAACCUGUGAACAGGAGCUCCAUCACCAGGUUGCUGGUCUCGUGAGAUCGGGGGAGGAAGCAGUUGAUCUCUUUGGUCCUGGAGAGAUCAACAUCCUGCAUGGAGAAGUGGCUCAGAUUUUCCACAUGGAUUUUGGCAGUAGAGUUCAGAUCUCCCAGGCAUUCCAGGUUCCGUUUGACACUCUGACCACUCAUCAGCUACAUGUGGACAUGAGAGUCAUCGAACCAGAUACAGGAAGAACUCAUUUUCGGCAUUACACCUUUGAAUUUCCACAUGGGUCGACUUCGUCCUUUCCAGAGAAUGUGCUGCUUACCCAACAUGUGCCCAUCCUGCAGAAUCAGACUGCAGUGUCGCUUUAUCCACCGUUGCCACCACCUCCAGACAUGCCUGUGCCUCCAGACCGGCCAAACCCACCGAGAAUUUCACCAGACCCACCACCAGUGCCUCCACACCAGGCACCAGACCCACCACCAGUGGCUCCACACCAGGCACCAGACCCACCACCAGUGCCUCCAGUGGCUCCAGACCCAGAGAUCCCCCGUCCGCCAGCACCACCGCAACCACGGCGGCACUUGAUGCUGUCGGGAAGGUUCAACACGCCAGAAAGGUUCGAAUACAUUCGCAGAGUCCAAGAAGCGCUCGAGAACAGAGGGGUCGAAACCUUCCUGGUCAAUGUUGGCGGCGGGCAGAGAUUCAAUUUCCCCACCAUGGAAGGCUUGGUCAACAUGAGGAAGAUGGCCGCCUUUUGUGAAUGGGACUACGGUGCAUUCACGGGUGCCGCAUACGAGACGUUUCACGAACUAUCGUAUGCGUGGGAAGAACAGAUUCCCAUCAUCCCAGUGAAAUAUUGCCAGACUUGGCCGCCCAUGCCUCCUGACAGGGCCGGACAAAUUCAGAACGCCUAUAUCUUCCGGAGAAGCCUUGUGUACAUCGAUGCGGUUGCAAAGUCCAUCGACGAAAUCGCCGACGCAAUCACCGAAGCGUGGAGCCUUUGAUUCCACCAUGGCCUGUCUCUACAUUAAUUGUUGUUUACUGGU